UGCGUGAUUGCAAAAUCUGGCUCUUUAGAAGUGUAUGUAUGUAGCUUCGCAGGAAGUAAACUAAAAAAGUUUGAUAGCAAAAUAUUUCUUCUACAAAACAAAAUAUGUUGGAGUACAGAUAUAUACCUGCACCAUGAAUUAAGUGUAGAUGAGUUAGCCUGCAGCGUAACCUUACUUUUGCAGUAAAGAAUGUAAUUCUGUUUUGACAUUGUUACAAGAAACUUCUCAUAAUUAUAAUCAUAUUUGGAUGCACAUUUGAAAUAAUAAAUAAAUAAAUAUGUAAAAAAAGAGGAAGUGUAGUGUCAAUAAUAAAUUAAUCUUAUAUUUAGAUGUGUCUAACUUGAGAUUUUUUGACUGUUAUUUGUGAGCAAACUCCACUAUGAAAAUAAUAAACUUGGAUGUUUUCUCGUGGCGGCUCAAACGAGUCAGCAAAUUUGCUAUUAAAAAUGUUACUCGUUUUAACAUGUCAUCAAGUACUUUAUCUUAUACUGUUUGUAAUAACUAUAAUACAUCUCGUACAAACAUUGCACGAGAUUUGACCUUUGGUAAUCAGCAGAAAUUAAAUAAAGUUAAAUUUAGUCCAAGAAUACAAAAUGACUUUUCGUGUGUGUCUCAUCCUCGAAUUGUUUCCCAUUUAAUUUUACAUAAAGGGGAGAAGCACAUUGGGUAUAAAACUUGUCACAGCAGUCAAUAUUAUAACAGUGUCAGAUAUCUUUCAAAUGCUAGCAUUGAUUCCAUUGCUGAAACUCAAGUUCCAAUGCAAUUUAGUGGUAUAUUCAAAGUAAUAUCAGAAAGUGCACCUAUUAAAGUCGUACAAGAUUAUUUGCUGCUGGUGCACGAUUAUACAGGUUUACCAUGGUGGUCAGUUAUUAUGCUUACCACCAUUAUUAUGAGAACAACAGUGACAUUACCAUUAUCCUUGUAUCAGCUAUAUAUAUUUGGAAAAUUGGAAAAUCUCAAGACUGAAAUGGACGAAAUAGUUAAAGAAAUGAAGAAAGAGAUAAAUUAUGGAACACAUAAAUAUAAUUGGUCUAAAAAAUAUGCUACACGUUUGUACAAUCACUCUGUAAAGAAACAAUGGAAUAAAUUAAUUGUGCGGGAAAAUUGCCAUCCACUUAAAGCUAGUCUAUUGGUACUAGUGCAGAUACCUAUGUGGAUAUCACUGUCAAUGUCUAUUAGAAAUUUAUGUUAUAUGUUACCUAAACAAGAUUCUAGUGCUUAUGCCAUUUAUCAGGAACUUACAACUGAUGGAUUUCUUUGGCUGUCUAAUUUAACUAUACCAGAUCCAUUUGUACUUCCCUUAGCAAUGGGAUUAUUUAAUUUAGCCAUUAUAGAAAUAACUUGUAUGAGUAAGGUAAAAGAAUUAACAAAAUGGCAAAGAUAUUUGACCCAUUUUUUCAGAGUUGUUGCAAUUGGAAUGAUCCCUGUUGCUAUGUCUGUACCAUCCUGUUUGAGUUUGUACUGGGCAACUAGCAGUGCAUUUGGUCUAUUUCAAAAUCUAAUUUUGUUAUCUCCGAAAUUACGUCGUUUUGCAAAAGUGCCUAUAACUACAUCCGAAUCGCUGCAUCCGUAUUUGGCAUUGCGUAACAAGAUAGCAGCUAGAUGUCGUUUUGAAAAAAAAAUUGAUACUCCACCGAAGAUAUAAAUAUAUAUUUUAUAAAUUAAUCAUCUAAUAAAUAGUAUGCAUAAGUUUUAUAAAAUGUUUUUUUCUUAUUCAGAAACUCACAUCUCUAUAUAAUAUAGAGUACAUAAUUGAGGACCAAUACAGCCUUUUGAGAUCAUAAUAAUAUAAUAAAUUUUAAUAUAUUUGGAUAGAGUACACAUAGAUAUAUAUGAAAUGUUUUUCUUCUAAGAAAAUAUAAAAUAAUGUACAAAAAAUUAUAAUAAUUAAAAAAUAUAAAAUUAUGUAAAAAAUGAAAUUAUGAGAAAUGGAAGAGAUGCGUUACAGGUAAUACUAACUUAACAUAUAUUACAGAUGAAUUAUUAGUAUUUAACUAUCUUUUUUCAUUGAAAAUUUAUUCAGUCAUCAUUGAUCCUCUAAUUACAGAAAAUUAUAAAAACCGGUACAAAAUGAUACUUUGACUUGAAAGUGAGCAGAGAGAUUAUGAAUGUGCCCAGUCUGUCAGUGAGGCAAAAAUACUGUCAAUACAUAUCAUUUGUCAGUAAACUUAAGUAAAAUAAUUUUAUUAUC